CCUCCUGACCAGGCAUCAAUAUGUCUGCCUUUGGAAACACCUUCCCCUUCUAUGCUGGCCCCAAACCCACCUUCCCCAUGGAUACCACCUCAGCGGUCAUCAUCACAGUCUUCUUAACUGUACUGGUCACUUUCAUUGGCAUCCUGCCUGGUAUCCGAGGCAAGACGAGGCUGUUUUGGCUGCUCCGAGUGGUGACCAGUCUAUUCAUUGGAGCUGCCGCCCUGGCCGUGAACUUCAGUGGGGAGUGGUCUGUGGCCCGGGUCAACACCAAUACUACAUAUAAGGCUUUCAGCCCCGUGAGGAUCAGUGCAGAUGUAGGGUUGCAAAUAGGUCUUCGAGGGAUCAAUAUCACCCUUACAGGAAUACCAGUACAGCAGCUGAAUGAGACCAUUAAUUACAAUGAGCAGUUCAGAUGGCACUUUGGACAGAAUUAUGCUGAGGAGUAUGUAGAAGCACUGGAAAAGGGGGUGCCUGACCCAGUGCUCUACCUGGCAGAAAAAUUUACUCCAAACAGUCCCUGUGGCCUGUACCGCCAGUAUCGCCUGGCUGGACACUAUGCUUCUGCCACGCUCUGGGUCGCAUUCCUCUGCUGGCUGUUAUCAAAUGUGCUGUUCUCCAUGCCUGCAUUAAUUUAUGGUGGACACAUGCUCCUGGCCACAGGGGUCUUCCUCAUCCUUUCAUUAAUCUUCUUCUCCACGGCCACCACACUGACCCCAAUGUGUCCACUCCGCCUGGGUUCUGCCACCCUGCAUACUCAACCUGGACCUGCCUUCUGGAUCACACUGGCUACUGGGCUGCUGUGUAUUCUGCUGGGCCUAGCUGUGAUGGUGCUGCACAGGAUACAACCAGACAGGCUGAAGAUUUUCUUCAACCAAAGUGAGGUGGAGGAAAUGGAAAAGAUAGCAGGUGCAGAGGAAGGGGAACUCCUGGGUCCACAAUACAGGACUUCGCUAGAAAGUCCUGGGGACCAAGAUAGAACUCUGUCAGAGGCUCCCAGUGAGGAGCCCCAGAGAGAGCCAGAGAGUUCCUUAUAACAUCCCAUCUCCUGUACCCCACCAGAUUUAGGAGCUUAAGGAAGUUUGGAGAUGUCAGUGCCCUCUAGCCCCAUCUCUUAGGAAUUUCCAGUUUGCAUACACUUGUGCCUUCCCAAAUUGCUACCAUUCGAGACUUCCUUUCUAGUUCCAAAUCUCAU